AUGCUGGUGUCAGUGCAACUCUUUUGCUACACAAUCGCUUCUGCUGGCCACUUAUCACCAUUGCCUCUCCACAUAUCGCCGGUAUUUUGGCAAAUGGAUUGCUAUCUCACUUUGUAUCCUUUACCGGAUCUUGUCAUUGUUGCCGACAGAUUCGAAGAUUUCCAUUACGAAGUGGAUGGAACCAUUUUCGCAAAUCCGAGUUCAUUUGCACGUACCGAUCUAGAAUUCUACGUUUAUUAUCCCGCAACACGCUUGAUCGAGGAAUGCUCUGCCAACCGAAAUACCAUUCAGUCACCGCAAGAUAGUGAUUAA